AUGGCGGCGGCGGCGGCGUCCCAUCUGGAGGGUGGCACGAAGCGGCGGCGGCGGAAGGACGAGGAAGUAGAAGCAGGCGCGGAGGCGGCAGAGGAUCGCAUCUCGGAGCUGCCGGAGGCGCUGCGGCUGCACGUCCUCUGCCUGCUCCCGCUCAAAUCCGCCAUCCGCACGGGCGCGCUCUCCACCCGGUGGCGCUCCCUCUGGACGCACCGCUGGCCGGCGCCCUCCUCCCUCGACUUCCGCCUCGGCGUCGGCGACUCCCCGCACCCGCUCCUCGAAACCCUAGAGCGGCGCGGGCGGCGGCGCCUCCAGCGGUUCGCCCUCUCCUUCGGCAUCGGCGCGUUCAAGGCCGAGCACUUCCGCCGCUGCCUCGACCUCGCCGUCGCCUGCGCCGUCGAGGACCUGCAGGUCCACCGCGUGCACCACUUCUUCGCCCGCUUCUACAAGUUCCUGCUCCCGCUGGGCGACCCCCACCUCGCCCGCCUCUCGUUCCGCUUCAUCCGCGUCGACCUCCCCAACUCCUUCUCCGCCCGCUCCCACCCCUUCACCGCCCUCGAGGUCAUCCACCUCCGCUGCGUCCACAUCUCCGACGACACAGUCAGCAGUCUGGUCGCCGCGUGCCCCCUUCUCCACACCCUCGAUUUGCGCUACUGCGAAGGCCUCGACUCCGUCAGCGUCGCGGCGGCCGGGCCGCACCUGAGUAGCCUCACGGUUGCAGAGUGUGAUCCGUGCACCGACGUUGUUUUGGCCGAUGAGGCAUCCGGUCUGCGCUCAUUCCGCUACAGCGGCGCCUACAUGCCCGCCUACAGCAUCCCGGCCACCAUCACUAGUCUUGCUGACCUUUACAUCUGCUUCAGAGCAUCUAACCGCCGGCGACGCUUGUCCGGCACCAGAAUCCGGUUUUAUGGACAGGAGGCUUACGCUUGCGAGCUGCGCAGAAACUGGCUUCAACUACUAACCAGUCUGUCCAACCUCACCGUGCUUACCCUCUGCAGCAGUAUCCUACGGAGACUGUCUGCCAAAGCUCGUGCCAGAUUAGCUGCCACAGGCGCUGCACCGUGCAAAUUACUGAAUUUGAGAGAGCUUCAGCUACUGAUGUUCGAAGUGGAGAUCAACAACAUGAACGACAUUUACUCUUUCCUUGUGGCAUGCUGUGGCCCUCGUUUGGAGAGGCUAUUUGUGCAGCUUCCAACAAUCAAUUAUCCAUAUGAGCCAGAGGAUGAACCAUCAGGAUCAGAGUCAGAGGAAUUUGGAUCAAUGGGAGAGCUAUCAUACCAAGAGGCACAUGGGGAAGAUGAGCUGGAUGACAACUUGUCAGAAGGAGAAGCACCAGAGAAAGAUGGGCUAGAGGAACAGCUGUCAGAGGGAGAUGCCCUGGAGGAAGAUGAGUUAGAGGAAGAGUUGUCAGAGGGAGAAGAACUAGAGGAAGAGCUUUCAGAGGGAAAUGAACUAGUGGAAGAGUUGUCAGGGGGAGAGCCACCUGAGGAAAAGCAAUCACAGAAACAGGGGUCAAUGGAAGAGCAAUCUGAUGGAGGGCAAUCAGAGGAAGAGACACCAGAGCACAGCAAUGUCUUUGAGAACCUUAUGUUGCUCAAAAUGAUGAAUUUCAUGGGACGCUACAAUGAGAUGCAGCUAGUAAGCCUUGUGUUGAAUAAGGCUAUUAGUCUCAAGCAACUGAUUUUAUUUACUCCCAAGAUUAAUCACCCAGAAGAGCUCCAGAAGGAUCAUAUGAAUACUUCCCAUUUGCUUGAAAGAAAACUAUUUUCUCUCAGAAAGGCCUCGCCAAAUGCUCAGAUAGUUCUCAGCGAGCCUGAUGAUAGUGCAGUCCAGCCGUUGCAUGAUGCUUUGGUCAAGAUUUACUGA